AUGGACUCGUGUUAUGAGGAUAUGGACUCGUGUUAUGAGGAUAUGGACACGUAUCAUGAGGACAAGGACACGUAUCAUGAGGACAAGGACACGUAUCAUGAAGACAUGGACACGUAUCAUGAGGACAUGGACACGUAUCAUGAGGACAAGGACACGUAUCAUGAGGACAAGGACACGUAUCAUGAGGACAUGGACACGUAUCAUGAGGACAUGGACACGUAUCAUGAGGACAAGGACACGUAUCAUGAGGACAAGGACACGUAUCAUGAGGACAAGGACACGUAUCAUGAGGACAUGGACACGUAUCAUGAGGACAUGGACACGUAUCAUGAGGACAUGGACACGUAUCAUGAGGACAAGGACACGUAUCAUGAGGACAUGGACACGUAUCAUGAGGACAUGGACACGUAUCAUGAGGACAAGGACACGUAUCAUGAGGACAAGGACACGUAUCAUGAGGACAAGGUCACGUAUCAUGAGGACAAGGACACGUAUCAUGAGGACAAGGACACGUAUCAUGAGGACAUGGACACGUAUCAUGAGGACAAGGACACGUAUCAUGAGGACAUGGACACGUAUCAUGAGGACAAGGACACGUAUCAUGAGGACAAGGACACGUAUCAUGAGGAUAUAUCCUCGUAUUAUGAGGAGCGAGAGGGCCAAACGCCGGCGGUUCCCGCCUGA